AUGGAUGGUAUAUAAUGUAAGCCCCGGGGCGGGUCUCGUGCGUAGUCACCUCCACGUGGUGAGACCUGGUAAUCGAUAUCGUUUUAGAAACAUCACAAUUUGUAUAACGUUAUCCAGCUAAAUUGUAAAACGAUGUAAGAUAAAUUUUGAUGUUUGUAAAACGAUAUCAAGCUAAGAACUACGCAACCUACAGUUCAGUUUGAUCUAAAUUGAACUGUAGGAACAAUUAGUUGAUAAGUAAAAUAUUAGACCCCCCAGCGGGGCACCGAGUGACAACGAGGGAUCUCGCAGGGACAUCAUGGGAUGUGUGCGCCUUAGCGUUAUGUUGCGUGCGCUUAGUUUUGGUUAAGCUACGGUGACUUUAUCAUUUAUCAAUCAUCGUAUCUACAGACAAAAAGCACUAUAAUGUGUAAUGAAGAUACAUAUAUAUGUAUCAUGAUAGACAAGGAGCGCAAUAAGAGGAUAAAUUUAUGCUACGCGAAUAAUGAAGAGUGCAACAGUGUGUGUCUAGGCAAAUUGACAAUGCGAAACGUAGAAAUAAAAGCAAAAAUUGAUAAUCCAGAUCUUAAAAUUUUUCGCGUUAUGCAAUUAACUAACCACAACGGUAUCAUAAUGAAACAGCAUGAUACUUUUUUCAAAGUUACAGAAGGAAGAUUAAAAUUACGAAAAUUCGAAGAUGGUUCAGGAGCAUUAAUUUAUUACAAAAGAUCUAACAAGUUUGGUCCAAAGCUUUGUGAUUAUGAAAAAGUAGCUUUGAAUGAGUCUGCUUGUAGUCGCAUUGCAAAUAUUUUAAGUGCAUCUAAUGGUUGUAUAGGCACUGUAAAAAAGACUAGAAAAGUAUACAUGAUUGGUCAAACUCGUGUACAUAUUGAUAAUGUUGAAGGUUUAGGGAAUUUUUUGGAAUUAGAGGUAGUCUUGACUGAUGAACAGGACACAGAAACUGGUGAGAAGAUUGCUCAGGACUUAAUGUCUAAAUUAGAUAUAAAAAGUGAAGAUCUGAUAGCAAAUGCCUAUAUGGAUUUACUUAAUGAGUCUAUUAAUGGAACUACUAGUGAAUCUAUUAAUGGAGCUACUAAUGAAUCUACUAAUGAAUCCAAAUAAUGCUAAUAAAAUGUAUAUUUUUUAUACUUUCAACUAUUAUAUUUUGUAUAAUAGUAAUAAACAUUAAAAAAAAUUUAUAAGAAACAA